AUGGCGAAGAUUGACCGGUCGCCCGCAGCAUGGUCUGGAUGCUCUUCUCUAGACAAUAUGACCACUAAUAUCUCCCAACACUCGAACGAGGAUGAGUCACUAUGGUACAUCUUCAAUACUUUGCAAAACCCUGUGCCCAACCCGGACUUGAUGAGAGACCAAUACACCAAGAAAGCCAUGCAACAACUGCUUUCGGUAUCACCCAGAAAGGGUGAUUACGGCCUUGAUGGCUUUGACGAUGGUGCAAAGCUACCUAGAGAAUAUUCUUGUGUUCCGUACUUGCGAACGGCCCUUUACCCUUAUCAACGCCGUUCAGCUGCCGUCAUGAUUCAGCGAGAGGCGCAGCCAACACCCAUGCUUGAUCCUCGGCUUAAACCUUAUGUCACCCCUACAGGUCAGGAAUACUACUAUGACAAAGAGGAAGGCAAUAUCAUUCGAGAAAAGAGAAUGUAUUCAGAGCCUCGUGGCGGUAUUCUUGCUGAGACUAUGGGCUGCGGGAAGACUCUUAUAUGCAUAGCUGUCAUAUUGGCAACUCAAGGUCACUUUCCUCAAGUUCCCCUAGAGUAUCAGGACAUGGAGCUCCCCAUUCGGCCACAAACUGGAAGUCUUCUCGACAUGGCAGCUGCAACUGCAGGCCGACUAUCAUUGCCUUGGAAGAGCCAUUUCGAUCUCAUGAGGCGUACCGGCACCUUUUUUGGUAGAUGCAUCGAAGCAUGCAAAGAGCAUCGCGGAGCAUAUACCAUCCCCCCACCGCCAACAAGAUACGGAAGCCGGACUGGAGUGGCUUAUCCGAGGCCACCUCCUCGGCAGAUUCGUCUCUGUUCAGCUACGUUGAUAGUUGUACCACCUAACCUUGUAAACCACUGGAAAGAUGAGAUAGCCAAACAUGCUGAGGGAGUCAACGUUCUCGUGAUACAGGACAGCUCAGCUCCGGUACCCCCACCAGACCAACUUUUGGAAUAUGAUAUUGUCUUGUUUUCUAAAGUUCGCUUUGAAAAAGAAGCAGGUGCGGCAUCCAACAACAGACGAAGUUCAACCGCGCCAGGCCCAUCACCGCUGACGAAACUCCAUUGGCUUCGGAUCAUUGUCGACGAAGGUCAUAAUGUAGCGGGCCAUGGCCAUCGAACAAACAUGGUUCACAUUUUGGACCAGCUUCACGUCGAGCGUCGGUGGAUAGUAUCUGGAACACCGUCUAGUGGCUUAUAUGGAGUCGAGGUCAGCUUAGCUUCGCAUGAGACUAACGUCACUAGUGACUCAGACCUGACGGAGGCUACAACAGCUGUGCUUCACGGGAAAGAGAAGACCACUAUUAUUGACAGUGAGCUCAAAGAUCUUGACGAAAUUCGACGUAUUGUUGUCGGGUUCUUGGAUUUGAAACCAUGGUCGAACUCUCAAGCCAAUGACCCAGCUAAUUGGACCAAAUACAUGAAACCUGUCGGAGAGGACGGAAAGCGUCGGAAGGCACAGUCGCUCCGUGCGACCUUGCAGAGUCUUGUCGUGCGGCAUCGCAUGGAGGUUAUCUAUAGCGAGGUUCCUCUUCCAAGGUUGUACAACAGGGUCGUGCGUCUUAAGCCGACAUUCUAUGACAAGUUAAAUCUCAACUUGUUCAUUUUCAUAUUGGCUGUCAACGCAAUCACUUCCGAACGCAAAGACCAGGAUUAUAUGUUUCAUCCACGUAACAGAAAACAUUUGAGUCUGGUGAUUAAUAACCUGCGACAGGCUGGAUUUUGGUGGGCUGGUUCCGACGGUGACAUCCAAGGAACAAUCGAUGUUGCCUCAAACUAUAUGGAGGCCAACAGAGAGAGAAUGGCUCGAGAUGACAUAGAUAUACUCACAGAGGGCAUUCAAAUAGCCCAAAAAGCGAUUGCCUGUCAGAGUUGGAAUGCUUUCAAACAAUUCCAUGAAUUGGGAGUAUUUAUCCAAGAUUUUCCUUAUCAUGCUCGGAGCAUGUGGGCACUCUCGCCAUCGCGAUCCGAUGUUGAGCCCCUUCUGUUGGGUAUCUCGCAGGCCCAUAAGGCCCAGAGUUUUGUUACCGCACACCUCAAUGAGAUGUACCCGGAAGAAGGUCUUGCUGGAGCGGGUAUAAAGGCUCGGCUUGCGCUAUCCGGCCGACAAGGACACCCAGAUCCCGUGCCAACUAAGAAAACCACGCUUGAUAAGCUGAGUAGCUGUACUGUCAAAACCUUACCACCAUCGUCUCCUCUUGCACAGACCAAGUUGGUUGCAACAACAUCUGCAAAGCUUACCUAUUUGUUGGACCGAGUUCUAGAGCUCCAUACUGAAGAGAAGAUUAUCAUCUUCUACGAUAACAAUAACUCUGCAUUUUGGAUUGCAGAAGGGCUUGAGCUGCUUGGUGUUGAUUUCCGCAUCUAUGCGAGUACGUUGAAACCUAAAGUUCGAGCGGCUUACUUGGAACUAUUUCGAGAACAGGAGGACGUGCGUGUUCUCCUAAUGGAUCUACAUCAAGCAUCCCAUGGUCUACACAUCGCGAAUGCCUCGCGCGUAUUCAUUGUCAAUCCGAUCUGGCAACCUAACGUGGAAAGCCAGGCGAUAAAACGAGCACAUCGUAUUGGUCAGACGCGACCAGUUUUCGUAGAGACUCUCGUUCUCAAAGGCACCUUGGAAGACAAGAUGUUGGAGCGCAGAAAAGCCAUGUCAGAGAAGGAAAUGCAACAAGCGGAAAGGGACCUGCUCGAUGAUAGUACCAUGAGCUCUAUUAUCCAGAAUGAGCACUUCCUCCACAUGGCAGAUGACGAAGAUCUCACCGGCCCAGCGUACUUGAAGCAACCACCCGGUUUCUUCGACCGCCACGGGCUCCCAAUCCCCAAAUUGAACGAGUCCCCUUCUUCUGCCAAGAGAACUCCUCGAAGCCGCAAACGGAGACCCGUACCUAUUGACAUGAAUGUGGACACCGCGGGAGACUCAGAUGUGGGGACACCUAAACGAAGGAGAUCGGAUGGUACUGAGUUGCACUCUGGUGGUUUUUCUGAGACACUUCCGUCAUUUAUGGACUCGGGCGAUGGCACUGAUGAGAGAACCAACAAUUACGUUUCUAUUUUCAACUGA